AAGACUCAGCAGCUCAGUCGGUGCUGCUGCAGCCGGUGGUCGCAUCUCGGAUUGUCCUGCAGUUCAACUUCUCCUGGUUUAUAUCAUCCAGCCAAAGGAUUAAAAAAAGUUAAAAACAGGAGGAAGACAGCAAGAUAAAGAGGUAAUAUUUGAACAGAGCCUGUUUGUCAACUUGUCAUCGUGGUACAAACAUGACUGAGGUGGCGCAGGUCGCAGCCGUGGUCGCCCACGACAUGGAUGAUGUCACAAACAUGAGCGAUGCGGAAAACAAGGAAGAUGAUACGACACAUGAGGAAGAUGAUGUGGCUGUUGAUGAGGACGACGCAGCCGAGGAGAAAAGUGUGGAGACGUCACAGGUAGAAGACGAAGAGUCUCGCCACAUGGAUGAGGGAGAAAGUAAUGAGACUGAAAAGAAGACGCGCGUGAACGGCGUGGAUCACGAAGAAGACGACGACUCGAAAAUGAAAAGCUCAGAAACUGUUAAUGGUGUAAAACAGGACACAGAGACAAAGGAGGAUGAAGAACUGGACACAAAUGAAGACCAGAGUAUGUCUAAUAUGUCUGAUAUGGCUCUUAAGAAAGAGAGACUCAUGCGAUCCAGGAAGCCGGUGGCCAGAAGCUACGUGCCGAAGCUGAACAAAGACAAGGGCGAUGUGACGGGCAAGUUCGAGGCCAUGCAGAAGGCCCGGGAGGAGCGCAGCAGGCAGAGGAACACGGACGAGCAGCAGAAGAGGAAGGAUCAGUACGUCAAGGAGAGAGAGUGGAGCCGCAGGAAGCAGCAGAUAAAAGAACUGCUCGCUUCCAGCGAUGAGGAAGAAGAGGUGAAGCCAGCAAAGGUAGAAAAAUCCUACGUCCCCAAAAUCACAGGUAGUGUGAAGGGGAAGUUUGCAGAAAUGGAAAAGCAAAGACAAGAGGGGGGAAGGAAGAAGAUGGAAGGAGAGAGGAGGAGGAGGGAAACCCAGGACAACAUGGAAAAAGCCAAAAUAAAGAAGGAAUUGGCCCAGAAAGCAGCUGAGGAGGGAGACGACACAAUCCUGGUACGGGUGGUUCCAGCGAAGUCAUCACGACCUCCGGGCAGAAUCAAGGUGAACUUUGAAGACAUGGAGAAGAAUCGAGAGGAAGAAGUGCAGAAGAAGGCUGAGGAAGAGAAGAAGAGACGGUAUGAUGAGAACAAACGCUCUUUCAGGGAUUCCAAGCGACGCUCCGUUGUUGAACAGGAUGAAGAAGAGAAACCUUCAGAGAGCGCGCAGGUGACUCCUGGAAAGCUGAAGAUGACAUUUGAGGAGCUGGAGAAGGACAGGCAGGAGCACCGGAAGAAGCAGGCAGAGGAGGAGGCCAAGCGCCGCCUGCUAGAUGAGAAGAAAGCUUUCGAGGAGGCCAGGCUGGGAAUGGGAGAAGAUGAGGAGGACACUGAGCCAGCUCAGGAAGACAAGGAGGAUUACCGACCUGGGAAACUGAGGCUGAGCUUUGAGGAGGUGGAGCGGCAGCGGGUAGAAAAAGAGCGCAAGAAAGCAGAGGAGGAGUACAAGAGACGAAUGGAGGAGGAGAGGAGAGCUUUCGCUGAAGCCAGGAAGAGCAUGCUGGUAGAUGAGGAUGAUGAGGUGUUGAUGGCCUUACUGAACCUGGAGGGCAGUAAGCCCGGGAAGAUCUGCGCCAGUUUUGAGGAUCUGAAACACAAGAGAAGAGAGGAGGAGCAGAAAAAGGCAGAGGAGGAGGCCAAGAAGAGACUGGAGGAGGAGAAGAGGCUCUUUGCUGAGGCCCGCAAGAGCAUGAGCCCUGGCCUGGAUCAGGAAAAGUCUGCAUAUGGAGAUGAAACAGUACUUGAUGAUGAAGGGGAGAUGGUGAAGAGUGAAUCUCAGGAAGCGCUGCACCCGAGAAAGCUGGAGAUGAACUUUGAAGAGCUGCUGAAAGAGAAGGAGGAAGCUGAGAGGACACGCAAGGCGGAGGAACGCAAGAAGAAAAUGGAGCGGGAGAAGCAGGAGUAUGAACAACUCAGACAAGAGAUGGGCGAGGAUGAAGUGAAUGAAAGCACAGAUGUUGUAAGCAAAGAGUACGAAGAACUGACCAAGCUCAAGAGGACCGGCUCCAUCCAGGCCAAGAACCUCAAGUCCAAAUUUGAGAAGAUCAAGCAGCUGACUGAAGAGGAAAUUCAGAAAAAGAUUGAGAUGGAGAGAGCGCGGAGGAAGGCCGUUGAUGAUGAAAUUAAAGAGAGAGAAGCUGAGAGGUUCCUGGAGGAGAAUGAGGAAGGAGAAUCAACUACAGUGAGGCCUGAGGAGUCGCCAUUCAAACAGAAGGUGGAUAUGAAAGCCCGAUUUCAACAAAUGGCCAAAGCCAGAGAGGACGAGGAGAAGAGGAGGAUAGAGGAGCAGAAGCUGCAGAGGAUGCAGUUUGAGCAGCAAGAGAUUGAUGCUGCCCUCCAAAAGAAGAAGGAUGAUGAUGUGGAGGACGAGGGCAGCAUCAUCAACGGCUCUGCAGCCUAUGAAGAUGAGGAGGAUCAUGCCAGAUCGGGGGCUCCGUGGUUUAAAAAGCCCCUUAAAAACCAAUCAGUGGUGGACUCGGAGCCUGUUCGGUUCACCGUCAAGAUCACCGGGGAGCCCAAGCCGGAGGUGACCUGGUGGUUUGAGGGAGAGAUGCUCCAGGACUGUGAGGACUAUCAGUAUAUAGAGAGAGGAGAGACGUCCUGCCUCUACCUGCCGGAGACCUUCCCAGAGGACGAGGGCGAGUACAUGUGCAAGGCUGUGAACAGCAGAGGCACAGCAGCAAGCACCUGCAUCCUCACAAUAGAAACUUAUGACUACUGAAGCCCUUCCAUGUUCUGGAAACUUUCCCUGUUGUCUCACUCCUUUUGUAAAACUUCGUCCCUCAUGGUCAAACAGCAGAGGGAAGGAAAUAGCAGUAUGCUUGGCAUUCCUAAGGGAGGGAUACACAACAACACACACAAAAAAAAUGUUGUUUACGUUUGUAAAGCUGCACUCCCUGUAGAGUAGGAUGAUACUUGUGCCAAAAAACAGACACGAUUCUUGUUCCCAUGCUGAGGGUCAUCUUCGCUGCGAGGCCCUGAUGAUAUUUGUGAUACCAGCGAUUUUUAAGUAUCAUAGUACUGUAUUGUAAAUAUCACAAUUUAUAGUCCAUACAUGGCAUACAUGUUUGAGGCAGUGAAACAUAAAAAGUAAGAUGUUCUUGUGUAAUAAUUUUAAAGAACAAGGUACGGGAAUGUCAGUAAAACAUCUUGUUUCAGUAUUCAACAACUGCUCAAUAACCAAUAACUCUUUGCCAUAUUAGUAAAUGGUAUUGUGAUACUUGCCUGGUAGUAUAUCGAGGGGAAACAUCACUCAAUUGGAAAUCCACAGUGAAGGGUCUGUUGACUAUGAUAUUGCAGGAACAAAAUAAUUGAUUUUCAAUGAAACUCUUUAGGUCCAGAUUAAAUGUUUUUAAACUGCAGCAUCUAAAAAAGAUGAAUAUGUUGAUUUUACAUGUACCAACCCCCCUUUUUCUUUUUGAGUUAAAUGUGAUACUCUUGAUACAGAUGUCAUGAUUCAGUUGUGCUGGACAGUAGGUAACCGUUUUAUGGUUUGAUAAUGAAAGAUAAACAUAGGCUAGCCUGAAUAUUUGUCAUAUAUUAUAAAUGAAAAUGUUUUAAUAAAAUGAACAAAAACAGCA